GGGCUGCGGGCUCCUGCGCUGCGGGACCGCGUCGUGGGAGGAUCCGCGCUGAGACGGGUCUUUGGAAAUUGCCUGCCCCCCUUUCCGCCAAAGUACUAUCUUGCGAUGACCACAUCUAUGGCUAAUGAGAGGAGGGACCAGUUGGAACAUUAUUUGCAAAAUGUAACCGUGGACCCAAACAUGUUGAGAAGUGAUGUCUUCGUUGAUUUUUUAAAGCAGGUACAGCUGGACACCUUUAAUAUCACUACCAAGAAAGCCACUCUGGAUAUAUUUCUGCCUGAUGGAAGGAGCAUUCAAGUCGAAAUCCUGACAUCAGACACUGCCGAAAGAGUCCUAGAGGUGGUGUCACACAAAAUUGGACUGUGUCGGGAGCUCUUGGGCUACUUCGGCCUGUUUCUCAUGCGGUUUUGCAAGGAGGACCAUGUCUCUGUCCUGAAAAAACUGGCCGACUUUGAACUCCCUCAUGUGAGUCUCCGGAGCGCCGCAGUGGAGGGCUGCAGGGUCGGCCUCAGGAGGUGGUACAUGGACCCGACCCUCGACUCCCUGCUGAUGGACUGCAGAGCAGCUGUCAAUCUGAUCUAUCUGCAGGCAAUCCAGGACAUUCAAAAAGAAUGGGCCCAACCCACCCAGGCACAGAGGCAGAAAUUAGAGGCUCUCCAGAAAGAAGACAACCAAAUAAAGUUUCUGGAGCUGUCCCGGGAGCUAAGGCACUACGGAUACGUACAGCUGGACCCUUGUACCUGCGACUACCCCGAACCGGGCUGUGGGGCCCUUCUUGCCGUUGGCAAUAACGAGAUCAGCUGCCGGGUCACCCUGCCUGACAGCCAGACCCGGGACAUCACCUUCCAGAUGAGCCGAGUGAAGUGCUGGCAGGUCACUUUCCUUGGGACCCUGCUGGAUAUGGAUGGGCCCCAGAGAACUCUCAACCAGAACCUGGAGCUCCGAUUUCAGUACAGCGAGGAUAGUCGCUGGCAGUGGUUUGUCAUUUACACCAAACAGGCGUUUUUGCUGAGUAGCUGCUUGAAAAAAAUGAUCUCAGAAAAGAUGGUAAAACUAGCUGCAGAGAACCCAGAAAUGCAGAUUGAAGUUCCCGAAGGAGGCCGGAGUAAAAAAUACCACAUUCAACAAAGCCAGAAAGACCGUUCUAGUUUCCUACCGGGAGCAAGCAAGAUUAAGAUAGCUGCAGCUGACUGCGUUUCGGGGACCAUAAAGGAAGAAGAAGGUCUUUGAGGAGAAAGUCUCACUUUUUAACAUGUCUCUAAGCCUGUCCAUACAGUGCUUAAGGAUUAAAAGUGAGCUCCCUACCAUCAAGAAAAGAAAUUUGACCCCUUCCUAUUUUUGUGACGUCAAGAUGGACACGCGUCAUCAAGACUACUUCAGAACUUUGUUACACUCAAGAUGAAAAAGAAAUGCGAGCCGAAGUUUUACUGCUUGUUUUUUAAUGACUCAUGAAUGACAAGUGGCAAAUCCAAAUCCACUGGAAUGAAAAUGGAAGCUUAUCUACUAUUUAGCCAACUUAAGAAUAGUUGAAGCUCACUCUUUCCUCCGUUCCCCUAAAAUAGAUGUUUACCUGGCUCCAUGAAGUCUUUUAUAUGUUCUGAUACUAAACAAAUGAAGGGCUCAGAAUAAACCACUAUCAAUGCAUUUGGGGUCAAGUUCUGAAGACGUGACUCAUCAGCUGAGGAAACUGCGGCUCUGUGUAAGAAAUGGAAUCACUGAAAAAGAAACCUGGACUUCACGGAUGAGUCCACAGCACCAGAGCAAGGAGGGGAGGAAAUUGUGAUGUUUCCUUCGAAGUUCUGAGCCUACCAGUAUGGAUGUACUCAAAGUAACAGGCUGCCCUGUUCUGCUUCUCCACUCUUGUAAUGGUUUCUGUCCUUAGAAUACUAAAUUCAGUUCGGUAGUCAUCACACUAUUUUGAAUAUUUUUAUUUUGGAAAGCAAUGGGUAUCAGUAUCAGAUACCUCGUAAGUCUCUUAGCUUUAUAAAUAUGUGUACUUUUUCCACUAGAUUUUUUUUCUUAUCUAGUUUCAGUUUAUCAUGACAAUUAAUGUACUUACAUACAGAAUUAAGACCACAGUAAGAGAGGACAGAAGAAUCUAUAUAAUGUAGAUAGAUGAAGUGUAACGUUCGAAUGUUCUUUUCUAACUGGGUUGCGUAACUAAUUAUGUAAUAAGUAUGAAAUAUAUUCCAGCGAACAUAGAAUUUACUGAUGGAAAUUCUGUGAAUGAUCUUUUUGAAGUGUAGAAUCUAUUAAAGCUCCAUAGUAUUUAUAAAGCAA